UGGAGGUUUAAAUAGGCGGCCCUAGAGCUGCGACCCAGCGCCAGCUGAGGGGCUAAGGUAGCAGAGGGAAAAAAGGCUGCAGUUUUGCCAGAGACAAGGCUCCGAGUCUUUCUGAACAGGGGUCUCCCGAGUGGAUUCUAUCGAUCCCCCAGUGGACUGUGCUGGAACGCCAAUCAGAUCCUGACAGAGUCCGUGAGAGUUGGGUACUGGCCUGUUCCUGCCGACUCCUGAUUCCCUAGACGGCGUCCCACACGAUGACCCUUAAUGGCGGCAGCGGAGCCGGAGGGAGCCGCGGCACCGGCAGGGAGCGGGACCGCCGUCGAGGCAGCACCCCCUGGGGCCCCGCAACCCCACUGCACCGCAGGAGCAUGCCGGUGGAUGAGCGAGACCUUCAGGCGGCGCUAUCCCCGGGCUCCCUAGCAGGGACUGCAGCGGGCACUCGGACACCUGGGCAGAGGCUGGAUUGGCCCGAAGGCUCCUCCGACUCUCUCAGUUCUGGAGGCAGUGGAUCUGAGGAGGGCGUUUACAAAGUGCUGCUGCUAGGGGCUCCUGGUGUGGGCAAGAGCGCUCUGGCGCGCAUCUUUGGUGGUAUAGAGGACGGGCCAGAAGCAGAAGCCGCAGGGCACACAUAUGAUCGUUCUAUCACUGUGGAUGGAGAAGAGGCAUCACUCAUGGUCUAUGACAUUUGGGAACAGGAUGGGGGCUGCUGGCUGCCUGGCCACUGCAUGGCCAUGGGAGAUGCCUACGUCAUUGUGUACUCAAUAACAGACAAGGGGAGCUUCGAGAAAGCCUCCGAACUUCGGGUCCAGCUGCGGCGAGCUCGGCAAACAGACAAUGUGCCCAUCAUCCUCGUGGGCAACAAAAGUGACCUGGUGCGCUCUCGUGAGGUCUCUGUGGAUGAGGGUCGGGCCUGCGCAGUGGUCUUUGACUGCAAAUUCAUCGAGACAUCAGCAGCACUGCAUCACAAUGUCCAGGCACUGUUUGAGGGUGUCGUGCGCCAGAUACGCCUUCGCAGGGACAGCAAAGAGGAUAAUGCCCGGCGGCAAGCUGGCACUCGGCGACGGGAGAGCCUUGGCAAGAAGGCCAAGCGUUUUCUGGGCCGCAUUGUAGCUCGAAACAGCCGCAAGAUGGCCUUCCGUGCCAAGUCCAAGUCCUGCCAUGACCUCUCUGUUCUCUAAGGUCUCCUGGGCCGCUCGCUUUUAGUGGGCCAGGGGAUGGGUGGAGGGGCUGGCCCAGGCUCUAUGAUUCUCAGAACUGUCAGCUGUGCACACCCUGUCUCAUGGUCAUGGACAGACAGGCAGUGCUGACCAGGGAGGCAACUCCAAGAGGCCAGCGAGGCCUGAGCCUAUGGAGAUGCAUGUGCAGGCCCACGUGCAUACCAAGCAGCCUGAACCCAGCUCAUGGACAGGACUCUGUCUUUCUCGGUGUGGGCAUAUGUGCGCUGGAGUGAGGCUGUUCAGUACGGUUGCUGUUUGUUUACAUGCAGAUUUUUGUAAUAAAGACUAUUUCCUGACAAGCCAGGGCUAUUGAGUAUGUCUCUUUCAUAGUGGUUUCAGGAGCAGAAAGAGAUGCUGUGAUUGAGAGAUGGGGCUCCCUGUCCACAUGACCUAGUGUGUGGUCUUGAUGGUCCUAAUGUGGGCCUGGAUAUAGCCAGCAUAGUGGAGGGAACAGGUGGGAAGCCUAUGGUGGUUAGGAGGAACGUUCAAGAAGCAGGAGACAAAACUCCUCCCAGCCUAUUAUUAUCUAGACCCUUCCUCACUGGAGCCUGGUGUUGUCUAGCUGACUGAAGAUUCUAUUGCCUCUCCUUCCAUAAAGGGAAACUGAGGCUGCCCCCAGGAAGCACAAUUUUUUUUUUUUUAAAUUUCACAGCCUGACAAGAUUGUGGGCUCAGGCUCUGCAGUAGUAUUUCUGCCCUGGCCCUCCCAAGGGGUGGAAACCAGGGACAUGGUGGAAAGUAGGGACAUGGAGGGAAAGACUUCAGAGACAGCAGUAAGGUGGCUGAUGCUUAAGAGUAGGUGAUGGAGGCAUACUCAGGCGCUGAUGGCUUCUGCACUUCCUGUCUGAAGUUAUCCUACAGGGGCUCAGCGUUCUUUACUCUAUGAGUGCCUUUGCUAACACACUGACGAGUUCUCCGUUCGCUAGGUCAGCUCCCUAGAGCUCUCCCUGUCUGGGAUGCAGAUUUCACAUCUGUGUAGGGAUGCAUCCCUGUGUGCAUCACUGUCUAUCCACCCAUCCAGGCCCUCCUAGAAGUGGAGCAUAUGACUCUCCCUAUGUUAUUCUUUAACAGAACCCGGAGCCUCAUGUGUUAUAGGCAAGUUGUCUACCACUUAGCUACAUCCUCAGCCGAUUCAUUUCGAGACAGGGUCUCUCUAAAUUCCUAGAACUGACAAUCCUUGUGUCUUGGCCUCCUGCAUAGCUGGGAUCACCAAUCCUUCAAGAG